AUGGCGAAGAUGCUGUUCUCGUUGAUUGAGGUUGCUCUUUUGGUGGCUCCGUCUGUGGCGGUUUUGCAUGAGCGGGCUUAUUAUGCUUCUCAAGGUAUUCUUGAAGUGCCCAUCACGGGAAUUCCCAAGAAUGUUUCUCUAUCAAAGAGGCAGGUCGCCAACCCCUUGAUCAACAUGUUCCAAGGCUUGGAAUAUCUGAUUUCAUUCGGCAUCGGGACGCCCCCACAGAACAUCACCCUAGCUCUUGACACCGGAUCCUCCGAUACUUGGGUGAAUCCUACCUGCAUCACAGGCCAACGAAGCGAUCUCUGUGCAGGCAUAGCUCAGUACGUGCCAGCAUCUUCUUCAAGCUCGAAGAAUUUGGGGAAUAGCAUGAGUUUAGCAUAUGGUAUUGGGAGAGCUCAGGGGACGUUCUAUACUGAUGAUGUGCAUCUUGGAGGUGCAGACAUCAAGGCCCAGCAGUUUGGCGUUGCGAGUGAUACGCAGAGCCUGGAUACUGGCUUGCUUGGUAUUGGAUUCGGGGUUAAUUUCACGACUGCGUAUCCGAAUAUCAUUGAUCAGAUGGCUGCUCAGAAUAUUACGAAUAGUAGAGCCUUCAGCUUGAAUCUUGCUGGUGUCGAUAGCUCAAGCGGCGCUGUUGUCUUUGGUGGAAUUGACACCAAGAAGUUCUAUGGUAAAUUGGGGAAGCAAGCUAUCGUCCCAUACAAGCAGUCUCCAGAUGGAUUUCCCAGAUACUGGAUCACAAUGACCUCCCUCUCAGUAACCACACCCUCAAAGACUACUACAACUAUCUUCUCCGGCACCGCCCAACCCGUCUUCCUCGACUCCGGCGGAACCCUCUCCCAACUCCCCGCCACAAUCGUCACAGCCAUCGUUGCCCUAUUCCCAGGUGCUAAGAACGUUGGAAGCGGACAAUAUACCGUCCCCUGCUCCGCCCUCCAACAACAAGGAUUCCUCGAUUUUGGGUUCGCAAACACCACCAUCAGAGUCCCGUACCAUGAGUUUGUGUGGCAAGCGGACGUCGACCUCUGUGCUCUGGGCGUCAUGGCGAACGCUGCCGGCGAUCCAACCUACGUGCUUGGUGACAGCUUUCUACGAGCUGCUUACGUUGUCUACGACCAAGACAACAUGAACAUCCACCUGGCCAACGCGGCCUCUUGCGGCUCAAACCUAGUCCCCAUCGGCAAAGGCCUAGACGCCGUCCCGGCUCUUACAGGCGAUUGUCCUGAGCCGGUGGCUGCGGUUCCGAAGGCUACUUCUGCUACGUCGGUGAGUUCGAGAAAACCUACGUCGUCGAUGAUGCCGAUUACAACUUCGAAACCUAGUAAGACGACGACUACGAGGAAAGGGGGGACGACAAGUUCGAAGACGGUUACUACUCCUGCUGCUGGAGUUGGUGGGGAUGAGUGAUUAGAGGGUUGGGAGAGAGGGGAUUUGGCGAUAUGUAGUGACUUUUGAGGAAUUUGAGAGCAUAUUUGGAC